AUGCCCAGGGAAAGCACAGCUGAUCUCCUCGCCGACGCGUUUCGAGGCCUGGCAGACGAGCGCUGGAGGACGGUGGGGGCGGAUAUCAUCGAGGGGCCGAAGGAUGAGAAGGUGCUGACGGCGGAAGAGAUCGGGGCCAGACAGGCGCACCUGGCGGGGCUCCAGACCGGUCUGCUGCCCUCGCUGGGCCAGCAGCUGGGCGAGCUGAUGGGGAUAUUGGACAUCGAAGCGCUGGGGAAGGACCCGGGGCCGAGGCCGAGGCUCGCGGAGGCCGUGGAACUCGUAGCGAAGCUUGGCCGGACCCUAGACCAGCUCAACAUCUCCGCCCACGCCCUCGCCCCUCUCUCGCUCGAAGCCAUGGCUGCGCCGAGCAGGAUCGACCAUGAUUACGGGGCGCUGAAGUCGUUCCGAUGCCGGCCCCUGCUGGGCAAGAUCCAGGGGAUGGUGAUCAGCAAGGUGCGCGGCUUGGCGCGCCACUACGGCCGUCUUCUCGAGACGUGGAGGGUCUUCGAGGCGCCUCUUCCGGCCACCCCAGGGCCCAGCGAUAGUGAUAGUGAUGAGGAUGAUGAUCACUGCUUCGCACUGCAAAUCCGAGACAAGAUCGUCGACGGCACUGCGGCGGUCUCUGGAAACAUCGCCGACAUCAUCCGCUGGUCCCAGCGCUCGGACUUUGCGCUUCUUCAGGACGAGUGGCAGGCGCAGGUGGGCCUGCUCACGUUCACGCUCGACCGACUGGCCGCGCGGAUCGAUGCGACUGUCCGGCCGAGGGAAGAGGGCGAGGGAAGCCGGCGGGAUAGUGGAGGUGAGGUGGCUGGAGAUGAUGGGGCUGCUGCUGCUGCUGAAGAUGAUCAGGUGUCGGUUGGUGUAGAGUUCGGAUAUUCGUCCCGACCGGUGCCGGUGAGCCGGGAGCUCCUCCCGCUGAGCCAGCGGACGGUUGCGCUGGUGAAGCUGGGGCGGAUCUUCCUUUGCAAGCUGGUGGGCCGGCCGGCGUUCGAGCUGGAUGGGCGGCUGAGCUCGGCGGAGCUUGCGGGGCUGGAGGGUGCGACGGGCAGCAUCGACGGCUGUCUGCUGAGCAUCGCCGAGUGCGUGGCCGACGCCGCCGGGCCCGCCGAGCUGCGCGCCCAGCUGGCCGAUGUCCUCCGCUGGGCCGACGAGCUCGCCGGGCGCCUCGACUCCGCCGUCCUCCUCCUCGCCUUCCACCUCGUCCCCCGACCCACCCGCCCUCUCCACCAUCUGUUCCGGGAGUGGCUGCCCAUCGCCCCAGAACUCAUCUCGAGGAAACUCAGGCAGCACCAGCUGCUCAAGCACCACCACCCACCUCCCGAGCAGGAAGCCAUACCCCCACCAACACCCGCCCCGCGCCCGCCACCCGCAAAGUCCACCAUACCGGUCUCCGCCAAGCCCAAAGCACCCCAUGCCCAGCGCUCCUUCUCCUCCCAGACCGCCGCCCAACGGCACCGCGAACGCUCCAAGUCCACCGCCAACCAGCUCUCGAUCCCCCCCACCACCAAAGCCAUCCUCCGCCGGCCCAUCCUCGCCGCCGAGGCCCCCCGGCACACCGCCAUGAAGGACAAGGCCACCACCGUCCCCGCCCGCAACGCCCACCCCAAGGGCUUCAAGCUCCGGCCCCGGAGCAUGUCCGCCAGCUCCCUGCGCGACCCCGGGCCCUCCAUCCCCGGCGCACUCCCCCCAUGGACCACAGACCCGUCCCCGCGGAUCUACAGGGUCGACCCGGCGGCCAACAACUCCCCCCUCAACGGCUCAGACUUCAAGCCCCCCAGCCACGACGACCUCAUCCUGCCCACCGUCGCCCGGCAGAUCGAGAAACAGACCAAGCUGCUCACACCCACCGACCACCCCACCUUCUCCUCCGUCUCCUCCAACUUCUCCCAGUGGGAGGCCCUCGGCCCCCAGCUCCUGCUCCGCAAGGCCAGCCUCAAGCGCCUCGAAGGCGCCUUCGCCCACCCCUCCACCCUCUCCGUCCACGAGCCGCUCUCCUCGCCCACCCCCGACGAAGAACUGAUCGACCCCAUCACCCCAGACUCAGGACGAUCGAGGGCGCCGGGCGACGACGGCCCGGCGGGGCGCCGGAUGAGCCGCCGGAUGAGCGGCAGCCAGGGCGCGGGCCCGGCCGACGACCGGCGCGCCUCGCGCCGCCUGAGCGCCUAUCUGAGUGCGAGCCCGGGCGGCCGGCGGGGCUCCCAGACCUCGGCCUCCUCCGCCUCCCACCCGAGCCCCUCCGCCGCCCGCCGCGUCCUCGGCAACGCCCCCUCCUCCCACCAGCCCCUGGCCUCCGACGACGGCUGCUUCGAGCAGGCCAGACACCUCGACCCCGAGCCCGAGGGCGGCUGCUGUAAAUGUGUCAUCGUCUGA